AAUGUGACAGUUUCUGCAAUGAGAGUUUUUGGAAAUGUGGACCAAAGACGUUACAGAGCGAUGGAGCAGACAACGUGGCAAAAGCUUUUGUAAAAAUAAUAAUAAAAAAAAAUCACACUGAUUGAUGAGCAUGUAUUACAACGAGAACGUUAAGAUUUUUUUUUAUUAUUAUUAUUUUAAAUUCAUAUAUGACGCUCAAAAACACUAUUUAUGUCAGGAUUCUCAAAAAUAUGUAAUUCUGAUCAAAAUCGACGUCAUACCGUUGCACGCGGCGCUACUUGCACGUCUUAAAAAUUACUCCGCGGUUUCGCAUUUAAGCUAACGUUAAAUUCGCUAGUUUGUGCAUAAUAUGUAAGCUUAAAACAUAAUAUGUACAAUAAUAGUAAUUACAAAAAAAAAUAAUGUUAAGUCAUUGCAUUUAUUUAUUCGCUAAAUUGUUUUAGAAAAAGGGGUCACCGUGGUACUAGGCCUACCCUCCACUUUGCGUCGCCUUAUCAUCCUUAUAUUAGCCCUGCCACAGUUUAUUAUAUGAAAGUAGCAUGUUUAAUUUAAUCACAUAAAUAAUCUGAGUACGCAGCGCGUGCAAACACAUAAAAAUGUCUCGCUGAUUAAACCAGAUUUUUUUUCUCCAAGUGUGAAACAAUCGCAGGAUUCCCGUUCCCGUCAACGAACAUUCAAAUUGGAGAUACGAUAAGCGAAAUCAACAUCCUCGUUUCUAUUUUCGCUCGACUGCCCAACAGUAACUGUAUUUAAAUAAAAAAAAAAAAUUAUCUGUAUCAACAGAAUGUCAGAUGCAAAUUUAAACGUUUUGGUCGUUGGCAGCUUCUUGGGCAACUGAAGUAAAGGGGAUGCGCAGGGCUAAAGUUGCUGUUGAUCCUCUAAUGAGAUGUAUCUCGAUGUAUAAGCCACCGCAGCUCGACGCGUCGUGCAGGAGGCGGCGCAAAGCACGCUCGCGUCGUUUCCAACCGACGAAGAUUAUUAUUAAAGUGCCCCAGUAGACCGGGGGCUGCCUUCCUGCCUCGAUCGGCCCUGCGUCCUCCGAGCGAGCAAAUGAAUAAACGAGGCGUUGCGGAACGCUGAUAGCCAAUGCGUAUGCUCCUCGCGCGCAUCCAUAGCGCGUCGUCGAGCUGUCAUGUACUGAUAAUCGUCUCGUUUCUGUUUCGCUCUAGAUUUCCAUAGGGGGAAUGAGUAAUCGUUAUGUGGUCAUUGAAGGAGGCGGGUAUCUCACAGACAUCCGGAAUCCAUCGCGGGAUCCCACAGCUGUAUCGCGGCGCUGCGAGUCAAAGCGGCCCGCUUUAGGAGCUCGUACCGCGCGUCGUUAUGUCAUUCCCAACGCUGUUUACGGAGGAUCGCCGUACGAGACUGUCUUGCGUUAUUCCGUGCCUUAAUUGAUUCGCGUUUUCCCGUAAUAUGGCCGAUCAGAGCAACAUUCAGUCCGCCGCCUCCAAAAGCAUCAGGCCGUUCAAAUCCAGCGAGGAAUACCUGUACGCCAUGAAGGAGGACCUGGCUGAAUGGCUGAACACGCUGUACGACCUGGACAUCACGGCGGACACUUUCAUGGAGGGUCUGGAGACCGGCUGCGCGCUCUGCCGGCACGCGAACAACGUGAACCGCGCCGCCCACGAAUUCAAGACCAAGCAUCCAGAUGCGGCGCUUUCGCUGCGGAUACCCGGCAAGGACGUGGUCUUCCAGUCGAGGAACGUCAUACCGGGCUCGUUUCUGGCCAGGGACAACGUGUCCAACUUCAUCGGCUGGUGCAGACAGGAGCUCUGGAUCAAAGACGUGCUCAUGUUCGAGACCAACGACCUGGUGGAGAGGUGCAACGAGAAGAACCUCGUGCUGUGCCUGCUGGAGGUGGCUCGCCGGGGGGCCAAAUUCGGCAUGCUGGCCCCCAUGUUGAUUCAACUCGAGGAGGAGAUCGAGGAGGAGAUACGGGACCAGGAGAGCCUGACGGAGGCCCUGGGGGAGACGCAGAGCCCGCCGAGCAGGACGUACAGCCGCAAGGAGAGUAUCGGCGAGCCCGACCCAGAGCUGCUGGCCCGCUGGCAGCAGCAGCAGAAGAGAGUCCUGCUGGAUAUGCGCAACCUGGACGAGCUGGUUCGGGAGAUUCUAGGCCAGUGCUCCUGUCCGUCACAGUUCCCUAUGACCAAAGUCUCAGAAGGGAAGUACAAAGUCGGAGACUCCAGCGCACUCAUCUUUAUCAGGGUGUUACGGACUCAUGUGAUGGUGCGUGUGGGUGGAGGUUGGGACACACUUGAGCAUUACCUCGACAAACACGAUCCCUGUCGCUGUGCCGCAUUCGCUCACCGGUAUCAGCAAGCUAAAGCGAGUGGCCAGGGUCCUCACAGUAAGAGCUCCAGCGCUCACUCCUCCCGCUCCACAAGCCCAGGACCUCACUGGCGCAAUGAGGGCAUAGCACCCUACAAAACCUCCGACAGGCGCUCGUUGGACCCUGUGUUGGGCGUCACAGCACAUUCCUCUCCAUCACGGCCUGGCAGGUCGCACCAUGCAGCUGUACCUGUGGAAAUGGAGAUUAACACCGGGCGGCCCACGACACUGCUGCCUCGACCACCACGAGACAGAUCAGAACCACGCCACUUUAAUCCUCUCAGGAAUAAGGAAUCUCUUCUUCCGACUCGCAGGCUAUCCGGAGAUAGUGACUCUUCCACAGCCUCGUCUAAGGGUGGAGGAGGAAGCACAGGAGGAGGGCGCUUCUCUCUGGGUACGCGACAUGCUCAUGGAGAUGAUGUGGUUCUGCUGGUGAACCGUAAGGAAGGGAAACACAUUAUUGAGCGUCCAGGAGCAGGACCACAGAUUCCAGCCCUGAGAACCCCUCAGACCCGUGCCCGCAGUGCUUCCAGAGAGCGCCCUGCACCACAAUCCACCUCAAUCCUGAAACCUAGUCCUCCACAGGGCCCGGCAGAGUUACAACGAACACCCCGCCCAGAGAGAGGCAGAUCACUGGGGCCCGAAGGCCAAAGAAAACUGCAGGCUCCACGCUCCCUCAGCCAGGGCAAGACUCCUAGAGCACGACUGGGUGACGUCAGCCCUGUAUCAUCACCUCGCCGCAGAGACCCUCAGUCUCUUUCUGUAGAUCGGAGAGAGGAACUUAGAACCAAACACAUGCCCGCAGCAUCCUCGAAAACUAGUGGAAGUUUAGCCAGAAGACAAGCAUCAUCCUCGGCCUCUAACUCGCCUGUGAAAAGCUGUGCCAGCGGAAGUCCAGCGAAAAAGGGAAUGGUAGCACCACGACCCCCUGCACCUCGGUCUCCUUCCACUGGGAGUCGCAAGUUUCUUCCCCCCGUCACACAGCCAGGGCGACGCUCUCCGCAUUCUUCCCCACGAUUGAGCCAUCAUCACCCGCCACGAUCCCCUCGAACAGGACACAACGCACGAUCCACAGGGAGAGACCAAAAAGUUUGGGUAAAUCCCUACAACCAGCCACAGGAAAGCCAGGAGGACAGUGGCAUUUUUAGCUUACACUUGCUGCCAAGUCUGGACCCUCAAAGAGAGCAAGACUUAUAUCGCAGCUUUGAGGCCGAGUUUCUGGCCAACACGCAACAAACCAAGGCUGUGCAGGGUAAAGUGUCUACUGGAAGGGAAAUGAGGUCUCUACAGCUCCCCGUCUCCCAACAAGGUUUAGCAGUGCUCCCAAACUCUUCAGGUGACACUAAUGUUACAGACUCGGCUUAUUCUUCUUCUAACUCAUCAACGUCUUCUCUUAAUGUCGGAGGUAAGGUGGGAGUCCUACCUGAUUUGCGAGAGUCUAAACGGACUAAUCCUCGCACAUGUGCACUCGAGGACCCUCCCGCCCUUCUCCAUAGCCAGAUUCGUGGAGGCCUCCCCAAUGGAGGGCUCCUGGAGGGAGAGCGAUGGGGUGGCAGAGGAGGAGGUCUUCGUAAGCUCCCUGCCAUCUCCAGCUCCACAGAGGAAGGAGAGGCCUCAAAUCUAAGCCUGUCAAGGUCAGUGGGGCUUCCCAGAGACAUCAAUGGGAGCCUCCCUUUGACGGAGGUUCCUAUGGAGAGCCAGCAGGAGCUAGAGGAAUGGGCUGGGUUGGAAGGAGACGUACCACAAAGUACUGAACUUCACGCGGACUUGCCAUAUGACAAUGCUGACUUGCCACUUCCUGAGACAUUUCCUUCUCCUCCACCACCUCUAGAUGAUUGUUCUUACCAGGACUCGUCCAGUGAGAGCUCCUCCAUGUGCUUGAGUCUGAGUGAGCCUCCAUCCGAAGGUUCCUGCACUCCUCCUCUACCGCUGGCCAAUGGAGAUACAGAAGAUGCAGUGGUCCUCCAUGCCAACAAAAGUCAAAAAAAGACAGAGAGGGUGCCCUCCAUCUACAAGCUCAAACUGAGGCCACGGAUAAGACCCCGCACUGACAACAGACCUGAGAACAGCCCGUCUCGCAUCCCUACACCUGUACGAUACAGGAAUCAUUGUCAGCAGUCCCCUGCCAAUUCUUCUCCCCUCCAGACCCCACCACAGUCUCCACGUUUAAACAAUCACCAACCCUCACAUAAAGCUCUGCAUCAGGCCUUUGCUGAUCUCAUCCAACCCCAGCAGCGUUCCUCAGCUAUGGGCUCUAGAGAGCGUGCCUAUUCUUCAGAGUCCAGCCUAGACAAUGAGGCCUGGAUGUAGUGAAUGAUGAUGAUGAUGUACACAGGCAACUGACCUUCACUCAGCAUAUACAGCUUUAUAGUCAGAUUAGAGCAAAAAAAAAGCACAUUUGUAAGACUAAGAGACAAUGCACAUCUGACAGUUGUGUACAACAUGUAGCAGGAUGCUGAAAUCCUUACUGUCAUUUCACUGGAGGCAUAGAUGUGUCCUAAAGUGGCUCUAAGAGCAUACAACACUAUUCUUGACAUCUUGGACCACCAAGGCCUGUUCUGAAGUAAAUCUGAGAGCUACUCUACAUGCACCAUCUGAGCUCUGUUUAAUUUAAUUAGAGUCAUUAUUCCUUCUUAUACCCUCAUCACCUGUUUUUGAAUUAUUUCUGUGAGGACAAGUUGGUUAGUUUUCAUUUGAUGGAAAGAAGUGUAAAAAUCCUAUUUUAAAUCAGGGAAUUGUAAUAUACAUAGUAUACUGUAUGCUGGGGAAUAAGAUGGUGGAAUCAUUUUAGUGACUAAUUUUAAGACAAACACCUAAAUGAUGUUUUGACCAUAGUUCCAUGUGGAAUCCAAUUAUCCAAAUUGGAAAUACAGUUUAGUGUUGUUUUACACUUAUAGAAUGGCAUAUCAACUUGUUAAAUCAGUUCUCUCAUAAACAUUUACGAGUUAAGAUUUUAUUAUUAUCUGUGCAAAAUCACAUUGGCAGACAAACAAACCUUGCAUUUGUUUUUCUGGUGUACACACUAAUACGGUUAAUGUAUAGGUUUAUAUGUAAUUUAUGUUCAUUUGCUUAAAUGUGUGGUAGUGUAAUAUAAAUACUAUUAAUUGACUUUAAUAUUAAUGUACAAAAUGUAUGCUGUUUAUUUCAGUAUGAUAAAUAUGCCUUAGCUAUGCAAUGUUGCUACUGAAUGUUGCCUUGACAAAUUUUCUUGCCUUAAAGUAAGGAUGAGAAGCUGUGUUUGUGACGUAGAGAUGAAGAGAUGGUGUGUGUAUGUAUCUGGGUGGUUACGUCCGAGUGUGUGAGGUAGAAUGUUGGAUCGUUUAUUUUGGCCCACUGUUAACUGUGAGACAAUUGCACAAGGUCACAGUAACAACAAGAUCCUGCUUCAUGAGCGUUCCUCUGUUUAAAGUAAAGCAAAUUGUUUGAUUUAUCUGCAAGUGAGAAAUGAAGGACAUUUUAUUAAAGAUAGUGCCAUAUUAAACAUCAAUAGGAUGUUUUCAAAAUAUGGAAAUCACUAAAGACUUUGCAUAGAAAUGGUAAUCAUUCAGAAAAUCAGACCCUUUUAUUGUGAAAAGCCAUAUUGAGUACAAAACUGCUUAUGAAGUAGUGAUAUUUUCCACUGUCAUCAUCGGCAGACAUCACAUUUCUUUUAAAGCUUUAGGGCGCCACCAAGUGGUUGAUUUGACUGAUGUUUUGUGUGACUUGAAAGUAUAAUAUGAAUACCUGACUUGAGUGGGUGUUUAUAAAUUGCGUUUUUUUACUUUUAAACACUUUUAAGUCUAAUCUUGAAUUGGUACUGGUAGGCACCAUUGCAUAAAAUAGGAGAAAACAUUGUCUCCACUUAAAUGAAUUACACUACACACAUAUUGGUUUGGCAUCGGAUUGUUUAUUUAUAUUAAUUAAGUUAUUAAGUCUUGUUGUUUGGUUGUGGCUGAGCUGUUUUAUCAUAAAGGGACAAUGUUGUAUGUUUCUAAAUGAAUGGAUGAGUUGUUUACCUUUUGGUAUAUUCUCUUUCGGAGGCUUUAUAUAGUACUGCCAUGUAUUUAUGAGCUCAAGUGUUUUAUUGAGAGGUGUUAUGAUGUUUGCUGUUUAAUGAAUCAAAAAGGGUAAGAAAAGGUAAGGGAGAUUUUAUGGAAAUGGAUUUCAGUGUUCUUUUUUGCCUCAAGGACUGCAACCAUACAACAUUACUAUUAGCAUGACUGUUGACACUCCACAACACCUCUUGUAUAAAAGCUGCAAAACAAUGCAUCACUGCACAUUGCUUUUAUGUCCAUUGCCAUUUAAAUGUCUGUUGUGACACUUUAGGACAGUUACAUUUCUCAAUUAGGUAUAAAUAAGGACAGUAGAGCUUUCUGCUGUCUUUCAAAUUAUAUUAAUGGUCGCUGCGCCUCAUUCUCAAUUUAGUCACAUUACGAACACAUUUAGUAAUCUUUACAGUAUCUAAUUAUUAACUGCCAUACAUUUGUACAGUUAACUCAUUUUGAGCUCCAGUUGUAUUUAUGUUCUGCUUUCCAAAAAAAAAAAAAAAAAAAUACAGAAGGAUGUUUCUUUUCUGUGAUGAUGCGUUUAAUCAAAUUUAGGCAUUUUUAAAAAAUAAUUUAUUGCAUGGAUGGGUUCUGUUUUUCUUUAUUCGUUAUUGACAUCAGUUCUACAGGAGUGUAGAUUCACAUGUUUUAUUUACUUCAGCGAACCCGUCUGAUUUGCAUUAUGCAAAUAUGAUUUUCAGAUGUGAAUGCAUGUUAAAUCUAUGUCAUGCUCUGGUUUCAGUAAACGAAAAGGCUGUUGGAUGAUUUGAAAUCUGAAUGUGUAUUGAUUUACUUUUCAUUUCUGCAGUUUGUUUGGCUGAUUGUUUUUCUUUAAUGUUGACAACAAAAUGUAAGGUCUUGACAUUGUGGAAUUUGUCUGUGUUGAAUAGCAAUAUUGCAAGACCAACAUUCCACUGUUCCUUGAAAACCAAUUGCUGUUAAUUUAAUUCUUGUAAUAAAAAUGUUUUGGAUGAA